GAAUUUGGUCUGCACUCUCUCUUCUCACCGACGGUGAUGAGAAGCGCCGCAAAUUUCGAAAGUUCCUGCUUCCCCCCUCUCCUAAAAUUCCUUAGAAUCUCACUGUUGUUCCCUGAGAUGGCUCGUACUAAGCAAACAGCCAGGAAGUCGACCGGAGGCAAGGCGCCGAGGAAGCAGCUUGCCGCCAAGGCUGCUCGUAAAUCAGCACCGGCCACUGGAGGAGUGAAAAAGCCUCACCGUUUCAAGCCGGGAACUGUGGCUCUGAGAGAGAUCAGGAAGUACCAGAAGAGUACUGAGCUCUUGAUCCGAAAGCUUCUGUUCCAGAGCCUUGUGCGAGAGAUCGCUUAGGAUUUCAAGACCGAUCUUAGGCUUGCUUCUGCAUCUAUGUACUUCUGCAACUGUUUUCUUUAGCUAAAAUUUUCAAAUAACUUAAUUAUGAUUUAAAAUUGUACGGUAAUUCAUUUAUCAAUAAUGUAAAUUGUUACAUUAAGAAAAUUUAAAAUAUGUC